AUUUCUACAGAGGAACCAUGGAGAGCAUUCUAAGUGGCUGCAUAACUCUCUGGUAUGGAGAGGCCAAUGCAUGGGUUCAGAAAAAGCUGCAGAAAGCUGUAAAGUUAGACAUUUCCAUCAUGAGCACUAACCUCCCCAGCAUUGAGGACAUUGGAAUGGUAGUGUGGUUAUCACAAUGCUAUACAAUAUCAGUGUCCCAGGUUCAAUUCCUGCCGUUGCCUGUAAUAGGUUUGUACGUCCUCCCUGUGACCAUGUGGGUUUCCUCCAGGUGCUCUGGUUUCCUCCCAGGGUCCAAAGAAGUACCAGCUAAUUGGUUAAGUGGUCAUUGUAAAUUGUCCUGUGAUUAGGCUAGGGUUAAAUUGGCGGUUGCGAGGCAACACGGCUCGAAGGCCCGAAAGGGCCAACUCCAUGCUCUAUCUCAAUAGAUAAAAUAUAUAUCUUCAAAUGGUGAUGAUUCAAAAAGGCGGCAUCCAUCAUUAAGGAUCCCUCACUCCCCACCCAGGACAUAAUCCUCUUCACAUUACAACCAGUCAAGGAGGAGAUACAGGAGCCUGAAGACACACACUCAAUGAUUCAGGAACAGCUUCUUCCCCUCUGCCAUCAGAAAACUGAAUGGACAAUGAACCCUUAUACGCUACCUCAUCUUUAUUUUUUUUUGGCUCUUUUUGCGCUAUAUAUAUAUAAUGUACAGAGAAACUUCUCAUUUGACAGUAUACUGUACAUGUACAUAGUUAAAUGACAAUAAACCUGACUUGACAUUCUUGACAUAUGCCAGAAAUAUGAAACCUGAUUCUCUGUCGCUGUUGCACUUUAUUCUACAUUGUUAUUAUUUUACUUUGUUCUACCUGAGUGCACUGUGUAAUGAUUUGACCUGUAUGAACAGUUUGCAAGACAAGACUAUUUCAGUACGUGUGAAUAAUUGCCAAUUAAAAUUCAAAUUACGUUUGUUUAUUGUGUGGUGCAAAGUUAUGUAUAAAUUAUGUUACUAUUAGUUUAUGUACUUCAUGGUUGUGAUAUUUAUGUUCUGCACUGCUGUUGCAAAAAGUUAAUUUCUAUGGCAUUCACAGCAUGUAUUUCUAUGCACAUGACAAUAAACUUGACCUCUUCGAUCGCGCCUGCGUACAUUGAAGAGGCUUGAUUUCCGGGGUAGAUUGCUUAGCUUGUCCCUGUGUUGUUAGGGACUCCUUCCUUCGGAAUUCCGCCCGGCGCAUUCGAAUCUUCCCGCAACUGGUUGACUUAGAAGUCUCCCGGAAGCAGCCAUUGAAAUCGCUUUGACAGACGUCCUUUAUUUAAGUUUGGCAAAGUUAUUUUAAGACAUCCGCGUACUUCAUCCUCUCUUGCUGGUGUUUUCUUCCGGGAGAGGUGGCUCAGUCGAUCUGGCGUUGCGGCAUCCUCGGAUUUAGUUGCUGGAAGAAGUCAUUGGGGACUCUGGUUGUUUUGAAGGCCGCGAGGGAGUUUCAAAUAAGAAACUGACGAAUGGAGGUCUGCGGACUGCUUCGGUCGUUCCUGCCCGCCUUUCGAGAGCGAGCUGGGUUCACCUUUAAAAGCACGCCAGCUAAAUUACGAUGUUUUAAACACGGCUUCACCCGUAAGAUGUCAAAGCAUCGUGGAAGAAAUAUUUCUGCACUUCAUACUUGUGUUCUGGGAAACCAACCCCAACUAUUCCUACCUGAAUUAAGCAAGCACUUUUCUUCAGUGAAUGGACAACAUAGUCUCAGCAAGGAUUCAUCACAAACUACCCUUGGCAGCGUGGUUCCUGUAUUUUCUGUAGUGAAAUAUGAGAGCACAGGAAACAUAAGUUUCUUUGAGCGAAAGAAGACAGAACUAUACCAAGAACUAGGACUUCAAGCUCGAGAUUUAAGAUUUCAGCAUUUGACAAGUAUUAAUACUAGGAAUAAUUGCAUUAUCCUCAGGAUGGAGAUCCUAAAAGCUGUAAUAACUCCAGAGUAUCUUCUUAUCCUGGAUUAUCAUCAAUCCGAUCUAGAUCAUUGGCUUUUAAAGGACUUAACAUCGCAAUUGGCUGGAGAUGGACAAUUAGCCACAUAUUCUUUGCCUUUUGAAUUCCGGGCCAUAGAGGCAAUACUUCAGCAUCGGAUUAAUGCUCUGCAAGCAAGUCUAAAUGAGUUACAACCUCAGAUAUUAGAGACAUUAGAAGCUCUGGUUAAUCCCAAACAGAUGUCAGUUGAUCGAAGCAAGCUGCACAUUUUACUUCAAGACAGCAAAAACUUGUCUGGCUUGGAAACGGAUAUCAAGGUCUUCAAGGAGGCGUUACUAGAGAUUCUAGAUGAAGAGAAGUUGCUAAAAGAACUUUGUCUCUCCAGAUGGCCUGGGAAUCAUGUCUUUGACCAGAGUAGUACGGGAAUUGAUCUCACAGAAGAAAUGGAACUCCUUCUUGAAAAUUACUACCGACAGGCGGAAGACCUAGCCAAUACCACACGGGAGCUGAAGGUGUUAAUAGAUGAUUCUGAAAGCAUCAUUUUUAUCAACUUGGACAGCCAUCGUAAUGUGAUGAUGCGCUUGAACCUCCAGCUGACAAUGGGAACAUUUUCAGUUUCUCUUUUUGGAAUUGUUGGAGUUGCCUUUGGUAUGAAUUUGGAAUCCUCCUUUGAAGAGGACCCCAGGUUCUUCUGGUUGAUAACAGGAAUAAUGUUUCUAGGGAGUGGACUAAUGUGGCGACGCCUUCUGUCAUUUCUGGGCCAGCACCUGGAGCCUCCAGCACCUCCAUCGGUAUGCCUCAGUUCUGUCGUUUCAUUCCAAAAGGAGACCUUUCAGCUCACGAUGCCGUCUGUCUUGAAAAGGUCGCAACUGCUGGGUGGCAUGAGGCAUGGUUCAAAAUUAUAAACGUUAAGUCAACACGUUGAUGAUGGACUCUGGAAGCUAAGCCUGGUAGAACCAGAACAGAGGUGUAAUCCUGCACAACUCGUGAAUAGCAAUUUAAUUUAGGAAAUAAAUUAUGUUUGUAUUGCA